AUGUUCCGAAGAGUAGGGGAACCUUUUUCAAUUUCUGGAAGGUCAGUUUCUGGUAAACAGGAGGUUAUGGUAUCAGAAAAUGAUUCGCAAACAUCAGGAACUCCAAAUUAUUCAAAGGGUAGUGUAAGAAGGUUUGCCAAAUCACUCUAUCAAUGGAGUCUGACCGAUCUGGGACUCACUCAGCGUGAUGGUAGUGUUCGUACUAAGAAUACAAAGGAUAUAAUUGAUAAGCUAUUUGAAUUUUCUGUUAGUGACACAUGUGACCACGACGAUGAGGAACUAGAGGAGGAAGAGAUCAAGCCAAGAAAUACCCAAGAUUCUGUCAAGGGGAGAACAUUAACUCUAAAUAAACUGAAUCAAUUGAGUGGUUUGAGUAAACUGAAAGUUUUGGGUACGACAAACACUGAGCCACAUAUAAGAAGGGUAGUUGUUUUAAAUGAUAUCCCACCUUUGACCAGUAUAAGCAGUAUCUUGGCACAGCUCUGUGGUGGACCAUUAGAAAGAGUAAUAUUCCGUAAAGACGGCGCAAAGGGUUCAAAUACUUGUGAAAUUUACUUUAUGUUCCCUGAACAUGCUGCAAAUUUUUAUGAAUUCAGCACAAGAACAAAUCUAUUCAUUUUAAAUGGAAAACAAAUCGCAGUAAAAUGGGCGACGAGAUCGAAUACAAAUGAUUUAGAUAACUCUCAUCCUUCUGUGCCAGUGUACUUACUAAAUGAAUUUGUUCAAUGGGGCGCUAGACGGUGUUUGGUUUUUUCCAAGGCUGUAUCUACUAAAAGCCCAAGAAAUUCUUCAACAAUGCAUUACCCAAAUGCAAAAGCAAACUUCUCAAAAGGAGUAUCAUAUGAAGAGAUUAAAUCUGAUUUAUCGGUAUUUGGGGAAAUUGUGGAAAUAGCUCCAGUGAUAUCCAGGAAACUAUGUUUCUCUGUACAUUUUGCAGACAUUCGAUCAGCUAUAGUAGCGAAAAAAGUUUGUGAAACCCCCAGCACUCCUCUAAAUAUUCGAUAUAAUGAUUGGACUCUAUGGUAUGGAAAGGACCCAACCGAUACACCCUGUCAUUGCCUAUAG